UCAAAAUUGCUUUUGUCUAUAUUUAUGGCCUCGGUUAUAUCAGCCCCUUAUCUCUCACUCAAAAACUGCAUCUCAGAGCUAGCCAUGGCCAAGGAAGUUAAAAUUGAAGCAAAAGUACGUGUAGGGAUUGAAGCCUUGUGGGAAGCUCUUGCAAAAGAUUUGAGAAUCUUGAUUCCCAAAAUCAUCCCAAAUUUGGUCAAGAGUGUGGAAGUGAUAGAAGGGGAUGGUGGCAUUGGAACAGUCCCUUCUCUUCAGUUUUGGCUCUGAUGUACCAAAGAUGAGUUACCAAAAGGAAAAGAUUGUGGAGCUUGAUGAGUCUGUAGACAAAUUUGGGCUGCAAAUCAUUGAAGGGGGACACCUGAACUUUGGGUUUUCUUCAUACAAAACAACAUUCCAACUUACUUCAAUUCAUGAGAAGGAGACCCUGGUGAGCAUUGAGAUCACCUAUGAGUCUGAAGUGGAAGACAAUAAUGCCAUGCCAUCCAAGACAACAAUGUCCACUUUUGCUUUGGUAAAAAACUUAGAGGAAUAUUUGUUGAAUAAUGUUGCUGUCUAGAAUUUUGUUAUCAUUCCAACAAGGUAUGGGCUGUUUCAAUUCUAUAUGGUAAUUCGCCAUUUUCUUGAGCUGGAAAAACCCAUUAUGAUUGUAAUUUCAAUAGUAAGCUCUUGAUAACAACUUUAUUUUAUUAAUUAA